AUGGAGGACACAGUAGCGGAGAAGAAGCCCCGGACCACCGGCGACGGCUGCAACGGCGAGCCAUCUGGCACCGCAGAGAGCGGCGGCGGCGGCGGCGGCGGCCUGGUCGAGAGGCUCCCCGAGGCGCUCCUGGUGGAGGUGCUGGGCCGUCUCGACCUCGACGACGCCUGCUCCGCCGCCGCGUACUGCCGCUCGCUCCACGCCGCCGCCAACGCCGCCCUCUCCGCCAUCACCGCCAUCGACCUCUCCACUCUUUGGGUGAAGUUCCCUCUGCUAGAUCCACACUCUGAAUAUGAGACUGGAACUGGAUUGCCUCUCAUUCCUAGUAACAUCAAGGACCUGUUGCUACAGCCUGUAUCUCAUUCGAGGGCAACAACAGUCUUCCUGAACACCACAUCUCUGAGCAAACACAUCACUGACAGUUUGGAAUCACUCUCUUUAGUUCUCGACACAAUAACGGAUGAACUUGUUAUGUUGAUCACCAGUAAUGUCCAUAAGUUGGUUGAGCUAUGCCCGGAAGAUGAACCUGUUACCCAACCAAAUUUGCCUGAAGAUUUGACAAAUGUCAAAGCACUUGGCUUAUGCCACAACUUGAGACAUUUGUCUCGACACGUCGUUGUUGUGACUUCAGACGUAAGUGAUGCAGGGUAUGCAGCCCUUCUCCACUCUGGGAAGGACCUGAAGAAGUUUGAGGUCAGCAACGGCUCGUGCUUGUCAGACUUGGCAUGCCUAGAUCUUGAUAAGGCAGCUCCAAACAUUUCAGAAGUGAGGUUGCUUAACUGUGCUCUCCUAACUAGUGAUACCGCCAUAUCUCUAGCACCCUGCACUAACUUGAAGGUUCUCGAUCUCUCGGGUUGCAAGAGCAUUGCAGACUCUGGCUUGGUUUCCAUCUCACGGCUCCCCAACCUAACUCUACUGGAUCUUGCUGGAGCUGACAUUACUGAUGCGGGUUUAUCAGCACUCGGUAAUGGGAGGUGCCUGAUAUCUUCUUUUUGUGCUUGA